AUGAGCAGGGAAAAGUUCUGUCCUGGAAGAUUUGCGACCGAAAUCAUCCUCCGCCACGAGCCGGGAGAGCAACAUGCUACUGCCACUAUUUUGCCUCAUGUCUCGCGGGGAGAAGAGGAAAGGCUUAGGCUAAGGGCAUUCCAGCAUAGCCUCCGUGAAUUCUCAGACCUUCCAGGUCUCAUAGAGGAAGCUGCGAAGUUGAUGGGGGUUCGUGGUUAUGACACAGAACCAGAUGCACCUGCCUUUUCAGAAGAUGUUCUUCGCUUGGAGUUGGUUGGUAACACAAGGCUGCACUUAACAAUUGUUGACCUGCCCGGUUUGAUUUCUGUGUCUGAGAAUGAGGAAGAUGUUCGUCGUGUCCGAGAUCUAGUGGAUUUAUACCUUGAAAAUUCGCGGACAAUUAUACUGGCUGUGGUUCCCGCAAGCAGUGAUAUCGACACUCAAGGGAUUAUUCAAAGAGCUCGCCACUUUGACAAAGACGGACUUCGAACUGUUGGCAUUAUCACCAAACCGGACCUUAUUAACGCUGGCACAGAAUCCCGUGUUGCUCGCCUGGCCAAGAAUUUAGAUGGCCCAAAGUUAAACUUGGGGUUCUUCCUCCUCAAGAACCCGACGCCAGCGCAACUAGAACAAGGAAUUACGUUAUCGGAACGCUGUAAGGCAGAGUCAGAGUUCUUCUCAACUGGAGCUUGGAAAAGCCAAGGCCUUGAUCCGUCGCGUGUAGGAGUUGACAAUCUUCGAUCAUUCUUACAAGACCUCCUUGACAGUCACAUUGAGCGUGAACUGCCCAAAGUCCGUCGAGAUGUGCGUCGUUUGUUAAACGAGAUCAAUGAGGAGCUUGUUGACCUUGGAAUUGAACGAUCAUCUCCGAGCCAAACCCGCAUAUACUUAACACAGAUCAGCAGUGACUUUCACAAUUUAGUAAAGGAUGGUGUGGAAGGUGCUUAUGGAGGUCGUAAUGCUGCCUUUUUUCAAGUUAGUGGGGAUCUAUUUGUUCGUCUCCGUGCAGCUGUUCACAUGGAGAAUGAGAAGUUUGCCAGUUAUAUGAGGCAGCAUGGCGAGAAAAGGAAGGUAGUGUCAGAUGAUCCGGAAGACAGGGUUAAAGUGGAGGAAGGUCAAAUCCCUGUGACAGAUGAACAAAUGACCUCGUGGGUUAGACAGAUAUUCCAUCAGACGAGAGGGCAAGAAUUGCCUGGAAACCAUAACCAUGUCCUUCUCACAGAAUUAUUCCAUGCCCAAUCAGGACGGUGGGGAGUUAUCGGCCGCCAACACGUGCAUGCUGUUGUGGGUUUAGUAUCUCGAUUUGUAGACUCUGCAUUGGCAUUUGUUAUUAAAGAUCUGAAGGUCCGUCAGAAUCUAAUGCAAUCAGUCACAACCACAUUGGACAACAAUAUUCGAGAAGCCAAUAAGGAGUUUGAAAAACUGUGGCAAGACGAAAUACUGCAUCCAAUAACAUACAACCAUUAUUACACAGACAAUAUUCAAAAAGCACGGCACGAUCGAGCCAAGAAAUAUCUGAAAGACUCCAUAAAGGAAGCCAUCGACGAGGAUUGGAAUGGCGAAUUCCAUAUUAGUGACUCACCCGCUGAGAUUCACAGACUAGUGACAUCUCUGCAGGAUCGUGUAAUUGUUGACAUGACUGAGCAGGCCUGUCUGGACGCGAGGACUGAUCUAGCUGCCUAUUAUAAAGUAGCGAUAAAGACGUUUAUCGACAACGUGUGCCGUCAGGUUAUCGAGCGACAUAUCCUUGCGAAGCUUCCAGGCGUCUUUGACCCAGUAAUUGUUAGCAAUUACACGGACGAUGAAUUACUCCGAUUGGGAGGUGAAUCAACCCAGGUUCACCAUCGCCGGGUUGAAGCACGUCAGCUUCAAAAGGCUUUAGAACGAAGUCUUCGGGAUCUUGAGAACUAA